UGAUGAUGAAUUUAACAUUGUAUCUGAUAAUUCUGACAACAUCAAAUACAAAAAAAAUUAUGAAAAUGAAUUUGAAUUAUUAAAAAGGGAAUCUGAAAAUUUUAUUAACAAUUGGAACCGUAAAGAAAAUAACAAAAUUUUUAACAAUAAGAAACUAAAAAUUGAUGAAAAUAUUGAUGAAAGUAUUAAUGAUAUGGGAUAUAAAUAUAACGAAACUAAUUUUGAAGAUUUUGAAUUGUUACUUAAAGAAGAAAAUCUUUCAACACAAUAUUUAAAAAAUUUUUUAACAAAAAAUAUAAAUAAUAUUAAAGGCUUAAGAAUUAAUAUCAAAGAGGAAAAAAUUACAACUCCUCUUUAUAAAAAUCAAGAAUUAUUUGUAAUUGAAAAUUUCCGUAAAGAAACAAAA